AUGACGUCUCUGCCCCACCAGGAUGAGUUGGAGUACUACACCAACGGCCACUUCCUGAGGUCGUUCAACUCGCUCAUUCUCGAAGACAUCCUGGAGGAAUUGGGCCGCCACCCGCCGAAGAAGAUGGCGAAACUGCCUCCGUUCACCGUCGCCCGCCCCUCGCUCGACCCGGGGCGCCGCCAGCUGAGCUACCCGCCCCUGCUGGACGACCACACCGACGACGUCACCGUCGCCCACCAGUACCUGCGGUGGGCGACGCCCGCCCCCUCGAUCAAGCGGCUGCUGAAGUUUCUCAACCUUCUGAUCGACCUGGGCCUCCGCUACGACGACGCUAACGACGAAAUCGACCACCAGGCCAUCGGCGACGCCACCCCCAUCGACACUAGCCUGCCCAUCGCUCUGAAGGUGCUGCCCCAUCCGCUGCGCACCCCCGUGGUCCACAACAAGUUUAAACGGCCCCACAAACUCGUGUCGCAGCUGCCGCUGCCGCUGCACCUGAAGCUCACGCUGCUGCCCCACCCGAUGAUGGUGGAGUUGUCGCCGCGUGACUACGGCACCCCGGAACACCCGCGCCUGAUCCUCGCGCUGCUGCUGGUACCGCUGAGCUGUCCCCAUCUGACUCUUGGGGUUGGCGCCAAUAAGUUGCGCAAGACCAGCGCCACUCCGUUUAAACUGCCGUUCCAGCGCUCAGGGCUGGUGGCAGCGCGGCCGCUGUCGCCGUUUGAGUACUACCACCUCGACGACUCGGAAUUGGACCUGCCGCUGAAGCUGCGCAAGCUGUCGCUGCUGGGGAUCGUCGUCUACCAAGACGUCGAAGGUCCUAAGAAACCUUCCACCGGACCCGCUAACCAGCGCCCCUAUGACGAUAAAGAAAACCGCACCCUGUACCGGUUUGUCAAACCACUUCAGACGGCAUUUAAGCUGCUGGGGCUCAUUCGCAAGGGCCUGGCGGCGGCAGCGACGCUUGCCAACACCCGCAAGCUUCCGGAGACCCCGAUUAAGAAGAACCCCCUCAUGCUCAUCAACACCAACAAGGCCCCGGUGCUGGCACCGGCGGUGGCCCACGCCAUCGACGACGACCUGGAGGCGCUGAUUGAGUUGGGCCGGAACAACCUGACGUUUGUCAAUGAUCUGACGAUUCUGAUAUUGCGCCUCGGGUCGGCGCAGGCACCGGCCACGGCGCCAAACAUCAACUUGGACGUCGACUUGGAUCUCGAAUGCAUGGUUCCCGACACUCCCACCAAAAGUGUCAAGAAAAGCCACCUGACCCCAGUGGCGAUUCACCUGCCGGCGCCGGCCGUCGGCAGCCGCAGCCACCCCCACUUGACGCUGUCGGGUGCAGACUAUACCCCCGAUGCCCCGCGCCGCCGUAAGCGCAACUUGAAGCUGUUGAUCAUCAGCUGUCAAGAGGAUGCUCCUAAAGGGUCACUUGAACCGCAAACCCCCACCAAUCUUUUGCACUACUCCAAACUGGCUUUGAGACCAAAGGGCAUCGACAAGGACAGCAUCAUCGAGCUGCUGAUUGACGAAGUGGUCGACGUCCCCAUGCCGCGCCAAGGCGGGGUGCUUUGUGAUGCCGACGUUCACUUGAUCUCUAAGUUUGGCAUGCAAAACAUCCAAUUCAUCGGCGCUGGCGAGUUCCUGGUGGCGUACGAGUGCACUCUCGACGGCGCCAAGUAUGCCGUCAAGCGGCUGAAGCGCCAGCUUCGAGGGCGCGACCACCAGUCGAUUCAACGGGAAAUCGAAGCGCUUAGAGUACUUACUGGGGUGAAAGACAGUGACCGGGAAAACAUUAAGGAUAACGAGGAUGGCAAGGAAUACUUGGUCUACUUCAUUGAGGCCUGGGAAUACGACCACUACUGGUACAUUAUGACCGAGUUCUGUGACAACGGUACUUUGGCUACCUUCCUUGACGACCACAAGAACUACCGCCUCGACGAAUUCCGCAUUUGGAAAAUUCUCAUUGAAAUUCUCACCGGUCUCCGGUUUAUCCACCUCAAGAACUAUUUGCACUUGGACUUGAAGCCAGCCAACAUCUUCAUCACCUUCGAAGGGCUGCUCAAGAUCGGCGACUUUGGUCUCGCCACCAAGUUGCCGGUACUCGAAGCUGACUUUGACCUUGAAGGCGAUCGCAACUACAUUGCCCCUGAGUUGAUUAAUGAUAAGAUUUAUACCCCCUUCGCUGAUAUCUUUAGCGUUGGGCUCAUCAUUUUGGAGAUGGCGGCCAACAUCAUUUUGCCGGAUAACGGCACCCCGUGGCGUAAGUUGCGUCUGGGAGACUUAUCCGACGCCGGCCGGUUAUCUCUGGACAACAUCUCGGAGGUUUUGAGUGGAGCCAAAGGCGGCCAACUGUUGGCACUGACCACGGGCCUGGACUUCAGCAACUCGCUGUUAGGACCCGCCACCACCGCCUCUACUCUGGUGACACCGGGACUGGUACCUCUGUUCUUAAUUGACAAUGAGCUGAUGAAUUUGGACCGCUUAGUGCAAAAGAUGCUUCGCCCCACCCCGUUCGAACGGCCUACUGCUAACGAUAUCUUGAAUAUGGACGAGUGUGUGGAGAUCGAAAACCGUCGCAAGGCGGCCGCCACCAUUUUCGAAGGCGAAUUCGGUCCCAGUGACGACUAA